CAACCCUAAACCCUAACAGCCAUCGUUGUCAUCACCGCCAUCGCCGGAGGAAUUGACGGCGGCCGAUCACCGGCGAAGGUUGCUGCGAAAGUAUUGUUUUCUUCUUCGAAGAAUAACUCUAUCUUUUUGCAGUAACUGAUCUCUACAUAUAUAUACACACACAUAUCGCCGGGAUAUAUAACUCUGAAUAAGAAAAUGGCCGCUCGUUCGAUCUCCGGCGCCGUGAAGCCCGUCUUUUCCGCCGUCUCCGGUGGUAUUUCUGUCUCCGCCGUAUUCAGGAGGGGAUACGUGGCAGCACCACAGGGAGUCCCGUCAGGAGGAUUGAGUAAGGGAGGAUCCACGGGAGCUAUGGUGGGGAAGCAGCUCGAACAAAGCGCCGUGAGAGAUGAGGAGGCAGAGAACGCGUGGGCCCCAGAUCCGAUCACCGGUUACUACAGACCAGCGAAUCGUGCGGCUGAGAUUGACCCAGCGGAGCUACGGGAGAUGCUCUUGAAACACAAGUCCAAACCCUUCUGAGCCUUUUGGUUGGUCUUAAUAUUACGGUGGGUUUAUUAAACUAUCGAGGUGAAUGAUCAUAGAAAUUUACAUUUUAUAAAACUGAAUUUUGCAAGAAUUCAAGGCAAUUUUUCUA